AUCGGGUUUAGUGGACGAUUGCACAAUUCUCGGUACCUCCUUGUCUAUCCUCAGUCGAGUCGAACUUAACCUGUCGGCCAUAUUUAAUUGUGUCGGACCUUUCACACACACUUGUGUUUUGGUGUUGCUGGAUGUCAAAGUGAAAUUGUGGGUUUUGCAUCUUUUUGCAUCUUUUGUGGGAUUUGAACGCGCUGCCGCUGCGUCUCAGCCGACCGCCCGAACCGCUGCGCCACAGGACAUUGAGAAGCACAGCGCGAAUCUACGAUACCGGUUACACGACUUUACCGGCGGUCAUUACAAUUUGAACUUUAUUUUCAAACAGUUAAGCUUUCUUGUAAAGUGUCAAUAUGCCGUGUUUAUUUUGCAAUGGACCCAUUAAUGAUAGCACAUUUCUGAAAUGCAUCGGGUGCGCGGGCAGCUAUCAUUGUAGCUGUUUAGAUAUAACUUUAGCGCAAUGUACAGAGAACUUUCUUCAGACGUGGUUAUGCUCAUUUUGUACAUCAGUAAAUACGCGCCGACGAAGGAAUGACAACACUCCAAUUCAACUUAGGCCAGGGAUAUCGACAUUUGAUGACUCUGUUAUGUCAUGUGAUGACACAGUCGAUAACUCCAAAGAGACGACAGACAUUCAGUGCACGAAUUUGUCAGCAAACAGCACUUUACUCGCUACACCACCUAACUCUUAUCAGCUUCGACAAGUUCAACAAGAAAGUAAUACCUUAAUGCCACAAGAGUUAUUGAAUAAUAUCUUGUCAAAAGUGACUGCUUUACAGACGCAGUUCUCUGCUAUUCAGGUAAUCCAGAUGGAUAUAUCCCAAGUUAAAUCCGAUAUAGCGGAAAUGAAGAGCAGUAUUGACAUAAAAUUAGAUGACUUGGCUGGGAGAAUGACUACCAUAGAAUCACGCGUUAGUGCGCUAGAAGAAAGUAAGACGGAACUCGAUGGCGUCAAAAAGGUGAUCGAUGACAUCAUAAAUGACUCCAGAAAAAAUGAGCAGUGGGUUCGACGCUCUAAUAUACAGAUAAAUGGGGUCCCCGAAGUUAAAGGGGAAAAUCUGUACGCGGUGUUAAAAUCCCUGGCCGAAGUAAGUGGUUUUCCGUUGGACACUAACACCGACAUUGAUUUUGUCACCCGAGUUGCGGUACGGAACGACAGGGACAACGCCAAACCGAAGCCCAUUAUUGUGAAGAUGCAGGCUCGUUAUAAAAAAGACGACUUUAUGUCGUCCCUGCGCAAAAUUAAAAACUUGAAGGCAGCCGACCUGGGAUAUUCUAACAGUGCGAACAGAGUCUACAUUAACGAUCACCUGUCCAGUUUCAACAAACACCUUCUUAAGGAAGCAAAACAAAGGGCAAUCAAGAAACAGUAUAAAUUUUGUUGGGUUCGUAACUGUACUGUUAUGGUGCGUCGCAACGAGAACUCGCCGAUCCUCUACAUCACAUCUGAAGACUCGUUAAACAAAAUUACAUAGGAAUUAAUUAUCUUGUUUUUCAAGCUUUUAAACAACUCACGUCGUUAUUUAAUCUUGUAAUGUUAAUUAUUGUAAAAGAAGUGCUCACUAUCUAUACUUUGAACAAAAAAUGUCUAAAAAAAAUAUGUCUAUAUUGCAGAAACAUAACUUGUUCCAGUACACAUCGCGUAUGUCGUCAUGCUCAUUUAAUUGCGUUAUUUUAUAUUAACUCACACGAUAUCAAUAUCACCCCCUUUAUUACGAGACAAAGAAAUAUGCCCCUUAAAGUUUAUGAAUUUAAUCUCAAUCCUAAAAUAAUAUUCAUACAUAUAAUAAUUGGAUAUUUAGUAAUCAAAUAAUAGGUAUUUCAAUAUAUUACCAAAAUGUCCGUGGAUUACGGUCCAAAACAACCGAAUUCCUACGCAACCUACUUAGAUUUAAUUAUGAUAUCAUUUGUAUUACAGAAACCUGGCUUUUACCUGGUAUUUUUGACGGUGAACUCUUCGACGCGCGCUACAAUGUUUAUCGGACCGACCGCGACUACGCUAGAAUGGGUCUGACUCGCGGCGGCGGCACGCUGAUAGCGGUGCGCCGAGAUUUCUGUGUCGAUCGACGUGAUUUUUGCCCCACAUCUGUUUUGCCUGACGCUGAGGUUACUUGGGUGGACAUCUCGGUAUCUCAUAGUACCAGUAUUAAAAAACUAAGAUUACUGACUUGCUACUUCCCUCAAAGCAAAUAUCAGAUGGAAUCACAAUUAGCAUUCUUUGAAUAUGUAUCAAAUGUUUAUACAGACUUCCCAGAUGAUUUUUUUAUUGCUCUAGGUGACUUUAAUAUCCCGGAAGCUCUCUGGGUGCCUCUCGCUGAUGAUCAACAUAGUUUUAAGAUGGAAAAUCCUAAUUACAAUCCGAUGACAACACAGCUGUCUGCGUUUAUGAGUUUUACAGGAUGGCAACAAUUUAAUAAUAUUCCUAACAAGAAUAAUAGGCAAUUGGAUUUAGUUUUGUCAAAUAAUAGUUGUAAAUUAUUUUCGGUUGAGCCUUUAGUGCCUAUAGAUGGUCAUCAUCCGGUAUUUUGUAUAAAUAUCGAGUUAAGAUCGAUUGACCAAAACUUGAAACCCGCCUCUCGCAUUAUUCGCCGUUUUUUCGCAGCUGACUACGACAUAGUCAAUGCUGAAUUGGAAAAAGUAGACUGGGAAGGACAACUUUCAUUAGGUGACAUUGAAAAAGCCGUGGACAUAUUUUAUAUAAUAUUAAAUACAAUAAUAGACAAAUGUAUACCAACUAAAAUGGUUAACUCAAACGAAAAAAAAUAUCCCAUUUGGUAUUCCCGACCCUUAAUUAAACUCAUUAAAAGAAAGGCAAAAAUUCAUAGAAAGUGGAAAAUCUACGAGAGACCAACAGAUUAUAAUACUUUCUCAGCCUUAAGAUCAACAAUAAAAAAACUAGAAGUUUCUUGCUACAAUUUAUAUAUCUCUAGAACAGAAAAAAAUAUACGCUAUAAUUCAAAAUCAUUUUGGUCAUUUUUAAAAUCGAAAAUGAGUAGCAAUGGUUUACCCAACACACUUUAUUUGGACAACCACGUAGGUCAUAAUGGUCAACAAAUAUCAAACUUAUUUAAUACUUUCUUUCAAUCGGUGUUCGUUGAAGAUGCCGGUGUAACUGAAAUAAACCCAUUAUAUACGGACAAUAUAAAUACAUAUUUGCCUAUUAGUAAUAAUAUAAGCCAUAUCAAAAUUACUCCGACAGUGGUAGAAAAUUAUUUAAAAUCAUUAGUAGUGUCUAAGGGAAGUGGACCGGAUGAAAUCCACCCAGUAUUCCUUCAAAGAUGCCGUGCAACACUAGCCUCACCGAUUAGCUAUUUAUUUAAUCUUUCCUUGAGCACUGGAACGAUGCCGGCAUCUUGGAAACGCUCAAUUGUUAUUCCGAUUUUCAAGAAUGGGAAAAAAGAUAACAUUAAAAAUUACCGCGGAAUCUCAAAACUAUCUGUUAUUCCAAAACUAUUCGAAAAAAUUAUUUAUGAUAUCCUUUAUAGUGUAAUAAGGCCACUGCUAAUUCCACAACAACAUGGAUUUGUUAACAGGAGGUCCACAGAAUCGAAUCUUUUAGAGUUACUAGAUUAUUCUCUUGUUGCAAUGAAUAAAGGUUUUCAGGUAGAUGCUAUAUAUACAGACUUUUCCAAAGCAUUUGACAAAAUUUCCCAUUCUAUCCUCAUAAACAAACUACAAUCAUUGGGAGUCCAUGGUAAUCUCUUGAGAUGGCUCACGUCAUAUCUACGCAAUAGAACCCAGGCGGUAGCGGUCAAAGGUCAUAUUUCCAGCUUUAUUCCUAUCCCCUCAGGCGUCCCUCAAGGAUCCCAUCUAGGCCCAUUGUUAUUCAAUGUGUUUAUUAAUGACGUAAUCAAGUGUUUCCAUCACUCCAGAGUUCUUUUGUAUGCCGACGAUAUGAAGAUAUUUAGCGCUAUCUCAUCAAACAAUGACUGUAUCAAUCUGCAACAGGACCUUGAUAGACUAAGUACUUACUGCCAACAUAACAAACUGUCGCUGAAUAUUGCUAAAUGUUAUUCCAUCUCAUUCUCAAGAAAACGUAAUCCUAUAAUUCAUAAUUAUUCUAUUAAUAACGUACAUCUUCAUAGAGUAGAUGAGGUUAAAGAUCUCGGCGUAUACAUCGACAAUGAGUUGCAAUUAACUACCCAUGUAAAUAAAAUUGUUCAGAAAGCAUACAAAAUGCUCGGAUUUAUAUUUCGACAAAGUAAGGAUUUUAAAAAUCCAAACACUUUCAUUCUUUUAUACAACGCCUUCGUUAGAUCCCACUUGGAAUAUGCUUCUACGGUAUGGUCUCCUCAUUUUGCUAUUCACAUUAACUCAAUUGAAAGGAUCCAAAAUAAAUUUAUCAAGUUUAUGAAAUACAAAUUCAAAACUUUUGACCACAACCGUCUAGAACCCCUUCAAGUUCGUCGCGAUGUUAGGGACCAAGUGGUUUUAUUUAAAAUCCUUAACGGAUCGAUUGACUCACCUAAUCUGCUUUCGGACAUAUUCUUUCGAUGUCCAGACCGUCGAACGCGUUCCUUUAACUUAUUCUCAAUACCUUCCAACCGAACUGUGUACGCGAAGAACAGAUUUCUCGUAAGAGCAUGCAAAAGCUAUAAUGAUAAGUACUCUGAUAUUGAUAUAUUUAAUUCUACCUUACCUAAGUUUGUUUCUGCAAUUAAGAACAUAAAUAAAUAAAUAACAGUAAUAAAAAAAAAAGUAGUAAAUAUUAAAUCUAAUGAUUUGUAUUCUCUAAGAUAAUGAGCUGCAUGUAAAUUUAGUAUAAGCAAGGUAUUAUGUCUUUCUUUUCUGUUGUUAAAGUUUAAUAAUCUUACCUAAACCUACUUUACAAUUUCAUAGAAGUGAAACCAAAUUGUAUAAGUCUGGUUUGAGCAGCAAAGAAUGUUAUUAUUCUAUAAGUGGAAACUGUUAUGGCUUGUGUGUAU